AUUCUUAACCAAUGAGAUUUAAAUUUCAGAUAACUUUUACAAAUAAAAUAAAUAUAACCUAAAUGGAUACAAAUUUAUCGGAAGGCAAUCUUGUAAUUAUAACAAGAAAAGAAAGGAUUCAGAGGUUUAUAAAAGUGUACCGGAAACUGAUAACUUUUAUUAUAACACCAUUUAUUUGGAUACCAAUAUUAUGUUUAGGUGAUGAUAAUGCUUAUAUCAGUUUUUACGUAUUUCUUGUGAAUGGAACUUAUUUGGUUGCUAAUAUCUUCCACCCAGGCGUUACUUCACUGAUUCCAAUAACUAUUUUUACGAUAUUAGACGCUCUGGGAAGACCUGUGAUAUAUACGAUAAACAUCAAUAACUCAGUCCUGGACUGUUUAGGAGUUAUGAUGAUCGUCAUAGCCAUAGAAUACAGCAAUAUUCACAAGCGGAUUGCCUUAAAGCUUCUGCUCACAUUUGGGUGUUCUCAUUUUAGGCUGAGCUUCUUGAUGUUCGCUAUCAGCAUGAUGCUGUCCAUGUGGUGCACCAACACCAUGACCUGUGGUAUUAUGAUGCCGAUCAUGAAGGCUGUUCUUGGUGAACUCGAAAGAAUGGGAGUGUUAGAAAUUUUUGAACCACAUAAACUCGGUGACAGUUCCCGUUACGAUGUUGUUGAAGCAAAGCCGUCAGAUUUUACGAUUUUUUAUUUCUUAGGCAUCGCUUACUCAUCUUCAAUAGGUGGCGUGUCUACAUUCAUCGGGAGCGAGUCGAAUAAACUGUUUAAGAAUUAUUGCUCAACGGUUUUCCCCAAGAGCCCCAAUUUGGAAGCCCCCCACUUCACGUUACUCACUCUGCCAGGGGUGCUUCUCAUGGAGAUAUGCCUGUACUUGUGGCUGAACUUUUACUUCCUUGGUAUGAUGCGUGUACAGAACUACAGCUCUCUCCAGGCGAGUCUCACCAGCGAGGAACAGCAGUACGUUGGGACACUGCUGGAGGCGCAAUACACCAGGUUGGGAAGGAUAAGUCUGCAUGAAAUGAUUGUUGGUUCGUUCGUAAUAUUAACAGCGAUUCUCCAAGCCAGCAUCAAUUUAACAGACUUGGUUGUUGAUCGUGAAACAUUAAAAAUAAACAGUUACAUGCAUUCCCCUUCUAUUAUCUGUGCAGCACUAUUUUUCAUAACGCCCGUAAACCUGGACUUCAUCAAGAACUUUAGACAUAACGGCAAUAUAAUAAGAGUAAAUGCUAUUAAAAACUGUCUCAGUUGGCCUUUGAUAAGAAAAAAUAUACAUUGGAGUGCUUUGUUCAUCACUGCCAGUAACAACGUUAUCUUCGAGGCCAUGACCUACACGAAAAUGAACGACAAAUUCGUGAAGUUUCUUUGGAUGUGUCACGAUCUUCCGGCGCCGGCUCUGGCAUUCAUAGUUAUUCUAUUUUGUAAAAUUAUGACAGAAUUUGCCAAUAACGCCGACGUUGCGACCUGCUUACUGCCCUGCAUCGCUAAUCUGAGCAUAUUGACAAAAAUAAAUCCACGCUAUCUUAUGAUCGGAGCAACACUCACAAUAUCUCUUCCAUUCCACUUACUGCCAGCUUCACCUGCGUAUGCCAUGGUGGCCGCAUAUGCGGGGAUACCACCCUCAAAAAUGAUGAUCGCAGGGAUUGGUCCAUCUGUGGCUGCAAUACUCAUAAAUCUUUUCACAACAACUGUGUGGUCCAAGGUUAUUUGGCCGGAUGUGGAUACCUAUCCUGAUUGACGUCAUUUGAUACGCAAAAAUAUUAAACUACUGAAUAUUAAUAAAUUUCAUCUUGUUUUGUUGGCUUCA